AUGGCGGACGGCGAACAGAUGCAACAGCACGCUCCGGGCGGUGCCUAUUCCGGCAGAAACAAGAUUCCCACGGUGGGACAGUUCAUCGAGAAGCUCGACAAGGACAAGAAGGAGCGGGACAAGCAUAUCGACCAGCAGAACAAGCAACGUCGCACUGAUGGAGAGGUGGUGCCUCACCAGAACGAGCCCCAACCACAGUCAAGCCACCAGAAGACCGUCACAGACCCUACCACGGGCAGGCAGGUCGUGAUCGAAGAUGUAAACGAGGCCUUCCAAGAGCGGGCCAAGAAUCCCGUCCUCUCCGUACCCAAUGCGAACCUGGGCAAGGACACGCCGGUCAAGACAGAGGCAUCGCAGAGCGGCGCGGAGUACAAGGAGAAGCAGGAUAUCACAGCACCUCCCGAUCCGGUCGUGGAGGGCUCUACGAGUGAUGUGCCCAUCCACGGCGAGAAGACGAACAUCCUCUUCCACCCAACUCCGUCAGUCAGCUAUGAGCCGACUUUCCGUCGUCUGGAGGAGCGUGGUCUCUUCCUGGUCGUAGGUCUGUUCUUUGGCAUCAUAAUCCUCGGUCGUACGUUCGGUGGCAAGUACAUUGGCAUGAUUCCACUCGCCGCCUGCGUAGCCAGCGGUGUCUGGCUUUUCAUCAAGGAAGUUGUCAGGUCUGGGAGAGAGGUCGAAUGGUCCUCCGAAAAGGAGCGCGGCCAGACAGCCACCGCCAACCUCUUGCCAGAAUCUGUGGAGUGGAUGAACACUCUAUUGGGCGUUGUCUGGGGUCUGGUCAAUCCAGACAUGUUCCAGGCCGUCGCUGAUACCCUCGAAGAUGUCAUGCAGGCUUCGGUUCCUGGCAUCAUCGAGAACGUGCGAGUGGCUGAGAUCAGCCAAGGAAGCAACCCAAUCCGCAUCUUGAGUCUUCGUGCAUUGCCAGACGACCAAGUCAAAGAUAUCAAGCAAGCUGUACACGAAGAGAACAAGAAGACCAAAGAUCCUCAAGAAGCAGCCGCUGACGAAGAAGGAGGCGACUACUACAAUCUCGAGAUUAGCUUUGCGUACCACGCAGCGCCGAGUGGCAAGCGGGCCAGCGACAAGGCGCGCAACAUGCACAUGCAGCUGGUCUUCUACUUGGGUGUCAAGGGCCUCUUUGGCGUUCCUCUGCCAAUCUUCGUCGAGCUGCAAGAGCUUGUUGGCACUGUUCGCCUGCGGAUGGCAAUGACUCCGGAACCACCGUUUCUGAAGACUUUGACCUUCACCCUCAUGGGAGUACCUCAGGUCAGCGCGGGCUGUAUUCCCAUGAUCGAGAAGGGAGUGAACAUUCUCAACUUGCCACUCAUCUCUCAAUUCGUGAACUAUGCGAUCGGCGCAGCUGCGUCCAUGUACGUUGCUCCGAAGUCAAUGUCACUGGACAUGCGAGCCAUGCUACAGGGAGACGACAUAACCAAAGAUACACAGGCUCUCGGGGUCAUGUGGAUUCGCAUUCACAAGGCCGUCGGUCUCAGCAAGCAAGACAAGAGGGGAAGCAAGUGGGGAGGUAGCGACCCAUACAUCACCCUCACAUUCUCAAAAUACGGAAAGCCAAUGUAUUGCACUCGCGUCAUUACCGACGACUUGAACCCCGUGUGGGAGGAGACCACGGCUCUGCUGGUGACCCCAGAACUAAUCAAGGCCGACGAGAACCUGAGUGUUGAGCUCUGGGACAGCGAUCGCCAUUCAGCAGAUGACAUCGUCGGCAAGGUCGAACUGAGCAUGCAGAAGAUGAUUCAGCACCCUGGCAAGAUGUAUCCGCAAGUCUCCAAACUUGCCGGUAUGGAUGCUGGGUCAGAAAUGCCAGGCGAGCUGCAUUGGGAGGUGGGCUAUUUCGGAAAGCCUCAGUUCCGACCAGCGCUCCGCACCGACGGCAAGAACAAGGCUCUGCCCAGUAACUUGCGCGAUCAUCCAGAACUGCAAGACGAGAAGGGCCAAGCAAACACUUCAACAGACGAUGCCGUUCAGCAUACACCACCAGACCCACUGUGGCCAAGCGGUAUCUGCUCCAUCGUCAUCCACCAGAUCGUCAAUCUUGAGCUGGAGAACGUAAAGGGCACACAAGGUAGCCGUAACGGACGCGAGUACGCGCCGGCGAAGGAGUAUGGCGAACAGACUGACGAGGAAGGCAGCCAUUUGCCGACCUCCUACUGUUCUAUCUUGUUCAACGACGAGCUGGUCUACCGCACCAGAAGCAAGGCAGUCAGCAGCCAACCCAUCUUCAAUGCUGGAACCGAGCGUUUUGUCCGCGACUGGCGAAGCGGCAUCAUCACUGUGACCGUCCGCGACCAGCGUAAUCGACAACACGACCCGAUCCUCGGUGUCAUUCCACUGAAGCUAUCCGACAUUCUCGAGACCAGCAGUCAGGUGACGAGGUGGUAUCCCCUUGAUGGCGGUAUUGGGUUUGGGCGUAUCCGCAUCUCGUUGCUCUUCCGCUCCAUCGAGACUCGACUGCCACCUACCCAACUCGGCUGGGAUGUUGGAACCUUCAUGUUCACAUCUCCAAAUCUCAUUGCGAAAGACUAUCCUCACCAUGCACGCAUCAAGCUACGGACUGGUGGAUCUAUGGGGAAGAUCGGCCGUUCUUCUUGCCACCAACUCAAAGAGGGCGAGACUUCUGGAUACUACUGGGAUCUCAAGGCUGGCCAAGAGGAUGGAAAGCCGAUCCGUCUGCCUGUCAAGUACCGUUACCGAUCUCCCGUUGUGUUUGAGAUGCAUGUUGCGAACAAGCGCAAGGCAGACGCAUACGCUGUUCUGUGGCUGCAAGAGCUUGUCGACAACGAAGACAAGGACCUGGAUAUCCCUAUUUACCAGACCGCGGCUCCCCAGCGCCUGACGCAGAAUUACAUCACGCCCGAGAUGGUUGCAGAAGGCAAUCUGCCAGGCCUCGAAGACAUCAAGGAGAUCGGUCGCUUGCAAUUUACUGGUCGCUUCAAGGCUGGCAUGGACGAGAGUCACGAAGCCUUCGUCGCAGACAACAAUUCGAGAGAGACAUAUGAGACAUGGGAGGCUUGCAUGGCUGAGGGUGUCCGAACGCGACAGGUUGAGAAGGAGCUUCCGGAGCGCGUUCAAACCCUACACGAGGAGAGUCUCACAGAAGGACGUGACGUACUGAAGGAGGCUCCUGAGGAGGAGAAGAGAAAGUGGCUUUCAAAGACUGGCACUGAUUGGAGUGGAGCUUUUGGUGACGAUCCUGCGGCCUUUCUCGACGAGCAUGGCAGGAAGAUUGCAGAGCCAGGCAAGGCUCCUCGUGAGGGUGAGGAAACGGAUGGCUUGACGGCAGACGAGGACGAUGACGAUGACGAUGAUGACGACGAUGACCUCGGAAUUCAGGACGCAACAAACAUGGAAGGCAGCUCUUCUCCAGCAUCCGGCCGCAAGUCGAUAGGCACCAUGGAGUCUGGCUGGACCGCCGGUACCAACGAUAGCUUCCUGUCGCAGAAAGACGUCAACAAGCAGAACAAGCGGACCGAGGAGCGUAAGCAGCGAGGCCUUAUGCAGUGGAAGCCGGCGAGAAAUCUGAAGUUUGCAAAGGAUGAGGGUGUAAUUGGGAUCAGAAAACUCAAGAACAAGGUCACUGGCGGACUGAAUGGCAGACAGCCUGGUGUUGUAAGUCGUCCCCAAACUCCGGACUCUCCUGUCGCGUUUGCUAAUCGUUGUGCAGGAAACCGAAACUGGUCAGUAG